UGCAUGUGGAUUUUAAUUCUCAAGUUCUCGUGGUGGUUGAUUAAUCUGCUAGCUGGUUUUGGUCUGGACAACCAUGACUACUGAAGGUGUUACCAUGGACGCGAAAACGAAAAGUGCGGAGGGUGUGAGCAACGAAGAGAAGAAGCAGAAGAGAAAGCGUCUGAAGAAAGUUCUGAGCGACAUCCAGAAGCAGCUCGAGUUCUACUUCGGCGAUUCAAAUCUCCGCAAAGAUCGAUUCAUAAAACAGGAGAUGGAAAAAGCUGAUGACGGAUGUAUUGACGUUUCUGUCAUCGCCAACUUCAACCGUAUGCAAUUGCUGACAAAAGAUCCAUCACUCAUCGUCAGAGCAAUGGAAAACUGCGAUCUUUUAGAGGUCAGUGAGGAUAAGAAACGGGUGAAGAGAAAGAAUCCACCGAAGAAACCAAAAUACGAUGAGAAUGAUUUAACUGUAUACGUGGAAAACUUGCCUCAUAAUGUGGACUUGGAGAUGUUGAGGAAGAUGUUCAGCCCGUGUGGAAACAUUGCUUAUAUUAGUAUACCUAAGUACAGGUACACAAGAGACACUAAGGGAUUUGCUUUUGUAGAGUUCACGACCCCUGAUGAAGCUGCAAAUGCCUGCAAGCUUCUAGACAAUCCUACAACUGAGAAACCUUUGGACGGCAGAUUCCCGCUGACAAGGAAAGGACGGUUGAUCCUCACAGAGCCGACACUGUUAAAGAGAAAGAGGGAGACGAGCGAGGCGACACAAGACGUCGAGGAAGGAGCACAGCUUGAGAAGAAGUCAAAGAGGAAGUCGACGGCAUCUCGUGAAGUAGAAACAAAGACGCCCAACAAGAAAGACGCGCAGACACCGAAAGAGCAAAAGAGCGCCAAAAAGCGGAAACAGUCCGGGGAAGACGACAGAUUGGACUUUGAGGCAAAAAGUGCACAAAAGGACAAAGCAAACAAGAGGAGACGAGAUGAAUCCAUCAGCAGCGUCGACAGCGUGAAGGAGAAGAGUCGCAAGGAGGCGGGGAUUGCCGGCGGGGAAGCAAAGAGGACGAGGACCGACUCGGAGGCAUUGGGAGGUGAGGACGGUGAUAAGAAGAAGAAGAGAAGCCGUGGCCGGAAGCAUAAGAGAGAUGAGUUGGAAGCACCCGUGCUGCAGAUUAGGGUCAUUCCAAAGAAGAAUUGGUUAGAACUGAAGAAAGAGUACCUCGCGAUGCAGAAGACGAGCAGAAAGGAUAUGAAGAAGGUCUUGCAAGAGAAGGGUCAGAAUGGCCACAAGCAGAAAAAGGCGGCAGCUGUCAGCCAAACGAAAUCUACAGAACCAGAGUUUGUUCCCGGUGUAGUCCUGAAAAUUGACAGCAACAAACCGUUUGCAUCCCGCAAGAAUGUCCGAGAGCAGAUACAGGAGAUGUCUCCAGUGGCUUAUGUUGACCUCAAGGACGGGGACAAGGGUGGCUUUGUGCGGUUGGAAUCAGCCGAGGGCGCUAAGGCUGUUCUUGAGCAAGCGAGCAAGCUCAAGAACGAGGACGUCCAAUUUAAAGUGACCCUUUUGUCAGGCGAGGACGAGGACAGCUACUGGAAGAAACUGAAAUUAGACCGGGUGUCCAAGCUCAACCAGGCAAGAAGGAAGAAGAAGAAGCGUGGAGUUGACAGGAUACUGGAUAAGACAGAGAAGGCUUCUGGCUUGACUAAGUCAAAGAAGAGUAAGGGUCACAAACAAUUUGAAUAGAUUGAUUUGUUGACCGCUGCAGAAAUGUUGUAGUAACGUCAGUUCAAUAUGUUUCAAUAUUUUCCUGACUUCGAGACGAUGUACGGCCUGACUGUAGCUGUGAUAUUUGUUUUUGUCUAGACGGCACUUGAUUGUUUGAGAUUAACAUUUUUAUGCUUUUAAUUUUUACCAAUUCAUAUUUUAUUUUGUCUGCAGUCCUGAACUUUUUUUCCCUUCUUCGGAAAGGGGCAUUGUGUGUGAAAAUCCGAGCUCCUUGUGCCCCUUCACCACAGCAUGUUGAUACCCUGACAAAUUGUCCGUGCCCAGCCAUGGUUUUAAUUUUCUUAUUUUUUUUUAGCUUCUUGAGUUAGUGCAUUUUUUUUUUUUAAAUAAUGUUGCCACAAUGAAAGCUUGACUUGACAAAUGAAAAACAUUAAAGAGUCUCACAAAUAAGGGAUAAAUAAAUACGUCUGACGUGAAUUGGUUAACGCAUUGACCAAUCAACAGUGUACAUACGCCCCAAUUUCUUGACAUUAAAUUCAUACAAAAUUCUUCAAUAUUGGAUUAUACUAUUGUGUUGUUUGUGUGUAAAGAACAAUACUAGAGUGUCCCAUACCCUUCCCACGUGUUCCUUUCACAUGUAAAGGCAGUUGCUAUGAUUGGGAUCAAAUCAUUGAAGACCAUGACUUAUGAAAUUCCAACUGUCCCUAUGUGAGUAUUCCCUUUUUUUUUAUUGUACACUACAUGUACAUGUAGUCGGCUCUCUUUAUACGGAAGAUUUUUUUUUGUUCAUACAUAAAGAGUACAUUCUGAAGUCCUGAACAUUAAAUCUGGGGUCAAUUUAACCGAGUUAAGACUAGUCCUAACAUAGGACUAGUCAUAGGAGGUACUAAAAACUUAAGGCUAGUCCCAAGUUAGGAUGAGUAACUCGUCCUAACUUGAGAUAAGACUAGUCUUAACUCUUUAUGAAAUCCACCCCUGCUUUGCGCACAGACAAAUCAAAGUCCAUAUUUGUGCCAUUUUCCAUUGUUCUGAAUUAUUGUUCUUUCCCACAGUAUCAACCCUAUUUUAUUCUUGUUGAUUUUUUUUACUGUUUUAAAUUCAUAUGGAUUGUUAUACCUAUUUUCAUUAAUUUUGUCUUCAUGCAAGUAUUGUAUAAUAAAUAAAGUCAAUUAGUCACACCAGAUCAUACAUUUUUCGUUUGUUUAUUUCUUGAUGUUGUUCUGUACAUUUGCCCUAUAUAGUACAGGUUUAGUGUAGUGUUGAACUGUACAUUAUCUCGGUAGGAUCUAAUAAGUCGUUACUAAACAUAUACUUAAUUGUUGUGUUGGAGAGCAACAAGUUCCCUGUACGUGUACAGUGUAUUAUGAUUUCUGUAGGCAACUACUCGACCCUGAAACCACAACCAUGAAAUUGAAUUUUCUCCAGAUGAAUUGUAUACCUAAAUAUUUAACUACAAUACACAUUUAACUUAACAAUAGUUAGGACGUUUGAAAAACUCCACGAUUUCAAAUUCAAUUUUUAAUAUCAUGGUAAAUAAUAUGAAUAUCUAUAAGCCUACUCUUACUGAAUUAAUUUGGAGUCACAAUAAUAGUUUGCAAAUUCAAACUGAACUCGUUCUUGAAAAACAAUAUGGCUUUAACAGAGAC